GGCUCCGGCAGUCGCGGUUAAACUCGCGCGGGAGACGUUUGAAUGUGUGCAAUUUCGCGCGUCGCGCGCUUUAUUCGUACACGAGCGGACAAAAAGAUUGCCUCCUUCCUCCGUAACGGUCACCUUUUUCGUUUCGCGGGCCGCCAGUGUCGCUCUCAGCGCACCAAGUGAAACCGUUUAUCGUAAACAAACCGACUCGUGCAUUCGCGAGACGGAUCGCCAGUUGUACGCCACAGUACGCGACGCGUCGCCAAGAAUCGGCGAACUGUUUACUGCGUCGAUCACUGAUCUCGGCCCGAUAAAAAAUCCCUCGAAGAUAUCCGCUGCAAGAUGACCGCCGUCGCGCCGAUCGACGAUUUCCUGCGACGCUGUUUUCAACGAAUCGCGAACGCACGUUGCAACGCGGAACGAGGAGGAUAAUUGCAUCAUUUUAUGGGCAUACGUGUCUGUAAUCAUGUGCGGAUAGAUUAGUUCGAUGUUUCGGUGCGCGCAUAUGUUAACGAGUUCGAAAGGUUUCGGGGCGAAAGUGUGUAAUAGUUGGGUAUUUUUGAAAUGAUGCGUUCGAAAGACAGUUCGGAGUGAUUCGCAAAGGCAAUUUUAUUAUUGGUUCGGAUACGAGAUAAUUUCGAAGCGCUCGGAUACAAGAUACUCCAAAUUUCCGCUGAAACAUCUCUGUAACGCAAAGUGACAAUUUUAUUAUUCGUUCCGAUACGAGAUAAUUUCGGAGUACUCGGAUAGAAGAUGCUCCAAAUGUCUACAUUCAGAUGUUUAUAACGCAAAGUGACAAUUCCGACGCAGUUUUGGACGAACGGUGAUUCCACGGUACGAAAUCCCUCGGGUGAAGAUAAUUACAUCAUAGGUACACGAGCCACGUACCCGCGUGUGCGAACAUACAUAUACACAUCACGAGAUUCCAUAUCUUUGCAAUAUUGAACAAAACUCGUAUUCGAAGAUAAUUCGAUCGCUUUCGCGUCGUAAAAGUGACUCCAAGUGGCCAUUCGGAUACAAGAAAAUAUCCGCUGGAAUCCACUGGUAGACGCUUCGACGGAUAUCCGGCGCGAUCUCGACGUUGAUCGAUGCCGUUCGACUCUGAAUCGAAGUCUGGUGACACAGAAGCGAGAAGGUAAACAAGCUUGCGCGCGCGAGCGCGCACCACCGUGCACGCUUGUGAAAUCGCGGUGUUCCGGAUGUCGAAGUGACAUCGAUCCUCGAAAUCGAACGGAAUUCGACUCGUUCUCGUGGCCCGAGGUCUCGCGGAUACGUUCGCCGACAUUGGAAAAAGAAGAAUCGGAGAAACUGACGGCGUCACGUCCUCGAAGAUACGACGCACGAUUGGCGCCUUUUUUCUUUCAAACGGAAAGAAGACGAGCAUCAGCGGCGCGGGGACAGGGGAAUGCUCGUAAAUCAGAGCUUCCCGUUCGUACCCUUUGUCGGAGGAAGAAUAACUCAAACGUCGAAUCGAACGCGAAGGAGCCGCUCGAGAUACUGUUUGGACGUCAGCUGUUCGUUCCACGACUGCAGUGGACACGCGAGAAUUAUCGUUGGGGGUCGAUUCGCUGAAAAAAAAUCCGCGUGUUUGAAACGUUACCAAAAAAGAAUUGACUCAAAAUUGGAUCGGACGCGAAGAAGUUGCGCUACUGUCUAGACGUCAGCUAUUUCUCCUAUUAGUAAAGUAUAUUCACGGAAAAAAAAUCGAGUCGAAGAAGAUUCAUAGUUGGUACCCUUACGUGUACCUUGCAAUCGUUUGGUCUGCGUACUUGAGACGUUACAAAUAAUGUGUACACAGUGAGAUUAAAAAUUGCGAACUUUAAUAGUGCUUCUCUUUCAACACCUUACAAUAUUUCUUCGGAGAUGCCCAAUGAGAAAGCUUCUAUAAAAAUAUCCUCAUUUCGAAGAUGUCGUCAAGUCUGUCAAAAAAAGAUAUCGGUAAUCGUUUCGAAAGGACUUUCCAGAAAAUUGGCUCAGAAUCCGAGGUCCUCGUAGCCAAUUAACCGUUGGAUCGUUCGAAUUGGUCAGCGUUGCGUAUCGAGGAUCGUUAAUUGUUCGCGGAACGAUCGCCACGCUCGGAGCACGACCGGUCAAGGCGUCUUCCACGAAACGAUUUCGCGAUUAAUACAGCGUUCGGCGAACAGCGCUCGGGGGAACCACCCAGUUCCACGGUGCGUGUCGUGAGUUGGUUUUCCGUGCUGUGUUAACAAUUAGUGCCACGUGUCCGAUAGAUCGGUUCGAUCGGUCGCUGAACAUCCUCUACGAUUAAUCAUUCUUCGCUGUGAACGAAUGACUCGCACCUACCUCGACGCGCAUCGAACGUUGAAGUCUCCGAUCGUCAGCGUUUUGUAGACCCCACGUGGGUAUAAUAACGACAUUUAACGCGAGCUUCAUCGCAGAAGUGGAGCAUACUUUGAAGACAGUACAAGGAGGAAGCCGGUAGAAGAGAGGCACCCUUUGAAGUCCAGACAAAUAGAGGAAACCUAGGAGAAAGAAUAUAUAUAUAUUCCAAGCGAAGAGAUCGCUGAAUGCGUAGGAACGAGUUCGUUCGUCGUCCGAAUUCCAGCACGCCGGAAGUGACGAGGACGACCGCUUCCUCGAGACGCGACGUCAACAUUUCCCCGUGAAGCGUGUUGCUUCGCGCGCCAGAACGCCAGACCUCAGACCCGACGACCGUUGGGUUGGUCUGGAAGUGGCUUGAGGUUGGGGGGGCAAGGUGAAACGAAGAAGAGGAAACACGAAGAGGAACAAGGAUGCGCUCAUGGAGAAUCGUGGCCUGUCGAGCGAGCGAGUGUCCCGCGAGACGCGCGCUUGGUCCUUGAAGGACAUCGCGGUUUUCGUACCCUGAAGGAUGGACUGGUCUCGAAACGACGAGUUUCACGCGAGACGAGCCACGCACGGUUCUUACACGACGACGUUAUUGGUUAUGUACGUGAUUGCUCCACUUCGUCGAGGCGCCUCGCCACGGUCAGCGCACGAUUAUGCAGCUGAAGAAAGCGAUGCUUAAGAUAUUCGAUCAAUGCCUGCACUUGCGGAGCAUCGAGGAGCCGAGGAUGACGGCGGAGACGGCAGCUCCUUGUGUACAGGGGGUGCAAGGGGUGCAGAACGUAAUGGCGGGACAAGGUGCACUGCAACAGGUGCAGGAUGGGAAGUCCAGCGGCGGUUACUAUUCCUCGACUUCGGCCAUGUACGAUCCGGAGUACGCUCGCAUGGAGGCCUGGCUCGACGAACACCCUGAUUUCGUCAACGACUACUUCCUCAGGAAAGUGACGAGACAGACCGUGGACAUGUGGCUGGUGUCGCACGCGACGCCGACGUCCUCGUCGAGCAGCUGCGUGGAGCUGUCCAGCCCGAUCCACGCGGGUGGUGGCACAUCAUCUUCAGGUCGAGGUGGCUCGGGUGGCUCCGGCGCCACGACGCCGGUUCGAAAAAUUUCAGCCCACGAGUUUGAGCGCGGCGGUUUGCUGAAACCGAUUGUCAACACCAUCGACGGGACGCCAACCUUCCUGAGCGUCACGCCAGGUGAUUCUGGCCAGCCUGGUAGUCAGCCUGUUGGCUCGGGGAAUUCCGGCAGGCCUCAGAGGCGGUCCAGGCACGAGCUCAGGCACCUCGACGAGAAGGAUCUCAUCUUUGAAUUGGUCAAGGAUAUCUGUAACGAGCUGGACGUGAGGUCCUUGUGCCACAAGAUCCUGCAGAACGUGAGCACUCUGCUGCACGCGGACCGUGGUUCCUUGUUCCUUGUCCAAGGGGAGAGGGGCGGUGGUUGCAUGCCCUCGUCGCAAAAUCACGACUCCACCUCGAACAUCCCUGUCAGCGGCUUUGGUCCAGGGAAAACUGAGAACGGGAACUCCGAGCAACGGGAGACGGGAUACUAUACUAGGAGCAGAUGCUUGGUCUCGAAGCUGUUCGAUGUGUGCUCGAGGUCGACUCUGCUCGAGAUGGAGAAGAAGGACGAAAUUAAAAUUCCUUGGGGUACGGGGAUCGUUGGAUACGUCGCCGAGAGCGGGGAACCUGUUAACAUACCGGAUGCUUACAAGGAUUCGAGAUUCAACCGUGAAAUCGAUGCGUUAACUGGGUACAGAACUCGAGCCCUCCUGUGCAUGCCGAUAAAGGACUGCAACGGUGAUGUGAUCGGGGUUGCGCAAGUGAUUAACAAACUUGGCGGCGAAGGGCAGUUCACUACGCAGGACGAGAAAGUUUUCGCCGGAUAUUUGCAAUUUUGCGGAAUCGGUUUGAGAAACGCGCAACUCUACGAGAAGAGCCAAUUGGAGGUGAAAAGGAAUCAGGUUCUUCUAGACCUGGCCAGGAUGAUCUUCGAAGAGCAGAGCACGAUAGAGCACAUGGUCCUAAGGAUAUUAACGCACACCCAGUCCCUGAUACAGUGUCUUCGAGUACAGGUUCUCCUAGUUCACAAGGCGUCCAAGGGCAGUUUCUCGCGAGUGUUUGACUUCGAGGCGAACGACCUCGCUGGCGAGGAAUUAGAUUCUCGCACUAGUCCAUUCGAGAGCAGAUUCCCUAUAAAUGUCGGUAUCACCGGUUACGUUGCUACCACUGGUGAGACGGUGAAUAUACCGAACGCCUACGAGGAUCCAAGAUUCGACCCUUCGGUGGACGAUGGUACCGGUUUCAGACAUCGCACCAUUCUCUGUAUGCCCAUCAAGAACUCGUCGGGUCAGAUCAUCGGCGUCAUUCAACUGAUCAACAAGUUCGAUGACCUCGCGUUCACGAAGAACGACGAGAAUUUCGUCGAGGCGUUUGCUAUUUUCUGCGGCAUGGGCAUCCACAAUACGCACAUGUACGAGAAAGCUGUGAUAGCGAUGGCCAAGCAAAGCGUCACAUUAGAAGUGCUGAGUUACCACGCUUCCGCCUCGUUGGAGGACGCGCAAAGAUUGAGGGGCUUAAGAGUGCCUUCUUCGGCGCAUUUCCAGUUGCACGAUUUCAAAUUCGACGAUAUUCAUAUGGAGGACGACGAAACGUUGACUGCCUGUCUGAGAAUGUUUCUGGAUCUCGACUUCGUCGAACGUUUCCACAUCGACUACGACGUUCUUUGUCGCUGGCUUCUCAGCGUGAAAAAAAAUUACAGAAACGUCACGUACCAUAACUGGCGCCACGCGUUCAACGUAGCGCAAAUGAUGUUUGCCAUUUUAACUGCCACGCAGUGGUGGAAGAUCUUUGGGGAAAUCGAGUGUCUAGCAUUAAUCAUUGCCUGUUUGUGCCACGACUUGGAUCAUCGGGGCACGAACAAUUCCUUCCAAAUCAAAGCAUCAUCGCCCCUGGCACAGCUUUACUCGACUUCGACGAUGGAGCAUCAUCAUUUCGACCAGUGUCUUAUGAUUCUCAGCAGCCAAGGGAAUCAAAUUCUAUCGAAUUUAUCACCUGAGGAAUAUUCCCGCGUGGUUAAGGUUCUCGAAGAGGCAAUCCUUUCAACCGAUUUGGCGGUUUACUUCAGGAAGAGGGGCGCUUUUCUUAGUUUAGCGCGAGGCGGUAGCUACAAUUGGGCUUACAGCGAUCAUCGAGAACUGUUAAGAGGAAUGUUAAUGACAGUCUGUGAUUUAGCCGCCAUAACUAAACCCUGGGACGUCGAGAAGAGGGUGGCUGAAUUAGUCAGCAGCGAAUUCUUUGAACAAGGGGAUAUCGAAAGGCGGACACUCAAUAUUACCCCCAUUGACAUUAUGAACCGAGAGAAGGAGGAUCAGCUGCCCAUGAUGCAAGUUGGCUUCAUCGAUUCAAUCUGUCUUCCCAUUUACGAGGCAUUCGCUUUACUGUCGGAUAAAUUGGAACCACUGGUCGAUGGCGUCAGAAAGAAUAAACAGCAUUGGCUGGAGAUCGCGGAGUUCAAGUGUAAGACAGAGAAUUGCACGAACCACGACAGGAUGCCGUCGAUGUCCGACAACGAGGAAACCAGCGAGCAGGCGGACCAAUAGUCAUUAUUACAAAACGCGAUACAAGCGAGUUGAAAAAAUAUACAGGGACGGGUAUUUUCCACCUGUUUCGUGGAAGGAAGAAUGAUGCACGACGCCUAAAGCACCUUGGUGAUCGUCGCUCUGAGAUAAUCUGGAAUGCUCUGCACCUUCGUCUUGAUACUAGGUAUUACAAGCUUUGCGAGUUAAUUUAUUAAUUUAUACAUAUGUAUAUAUAUAUAUAUAUUUAUACACACAUAUAUAUAUAUAUAUACAUACAUAUUAAUCACUACGGAACAUUGUCGGUACCAAUGAUACGCGAUUAUAACUGCGGGUAGGAGUUCUUCAGAUUCUUUCGCGAACGCUUCAAAUUCCGAGGAGUCACUCGCAAGGAACAUUCACCAAGAAUCCUCUUUGCAAGCAAACGCGAGCGACAUUCUUGUCGAAUAUAAAAUGUCUAGUAGUAAAUAUAAACAACUGUCUACCUAGUUAUCGAGUAACAGUUGCUGAAUUACAGACUGAAUUUUCAAUGGAGACUACUUAUCGAAUAUUAGAAUACUUUGUACCAUACUUUACACCAUAAUUUCUGAUCAUGGUAGACUUUUCACACAAUGAAGAUACAAACUUUACAGUGACCAGAUGACAAUUUAACAGUUAAAUAGAAUAAAUUAGUUAUAAUUCAGAUUCAAUUUUGCCCACCUUUGCAGGUUUAUGGAGUAGGAAGUAAUAAGUAAAAAUUAGAAGAAUUGUUUAGCUAUGGUAAUUUAACUGUAAGGGAAUAUCUUAGAAUUUUCAACUAGCAUUUUAAACAUAGCAUUAAAAAUUUAGAGGGUAGUUUCACCCCUCAUGCUUGAGUUACUACAAUUAAAAAAUAUACUAUUACUAAUUACUUUUACUGCUCUGUAAAUCUGCAUGUUCGUUAAAUUUAAGGUUACCUCGUGGAUGUUUCUUGCCAGUCUCGAUUGUUCAUGAAUUCUGUGCUCGCGGUUAACAUAUUCAACGCGAGUAUAUUGUUAUUCCGACUACUCGAACGUCUUAAAGAUGAAUAUCGCGGCUGACGUAAUUUAUUCUGUGAAUUUUACGUUCGUCGUUAAAAUCAGGAAACCCCCCGAGGAGGCCGAUGGUGGUUAGUUUAAGACGAUCGAGGAGCUUCGUCCUCUCUUUGGAAAUAAAACAGAUCAACCCAGAGAUGCUACUCUUGUACCUGAUCGUAUUGUACGUAUACUUACUAUGGCAGAACUUUGAUGUCGAGAGAGGACGAAGAAGAAGGACGAUGGGAGUGCGUAAAAUUCAAAGGGAAUCGCAAGAUGUCGAUCCUUCCUCGCGUGGAAGGUCCUCGUUUCGAAUUGAAGACCUGUGGCCUAUGGUGUUUCGAUAUGCAAAAUACGUUUGUACAGGUUUGAUCAUCGAGACUCCGUAUGUUAAGCUCAACUAACGUUGAAAAUUUAAUCCUAGUGAUUCGAAUAUUUCAACAAACUAGCAAAUCUUACAAUAAAUUUGGUUCGUAGUCAAUCAAUAAAUACGUGAAAAUGAACUAAUUAAUUACCGAAUUAAUUCUAGAUGGCUUCUUCAGACAAUGUUACCCGAUACACUAUACCCAGGUCUUCAAUCGACGGGACAGAUGUGUUUUCGAUGUUUCGUAGAUGUAAGCAAAGGGCAGUCGGCUCUGUCUUGGAAUCGCGUUUUGCAACGGAAGUUCUCUCCGCUGUUACGGACCUCGUUCGAUUCUCCUAAUCGUAUCGAACCGUGCGUGUAAUUAGAUAAUGUAUUCGUAAACCAAAGUGUACGUUUAUACAUCAAGGUUAAUCGUGAUCUUUGUUACUCGAUACGGCAAUGAAUUUAAUUGUCUGUUCGUAACGUGCUAAUUAAUUAGUGGUUAGUUGACCAACGGGAGCAAACGAGAAUGUCUAAUGUGCGUUGUGUAUUCUUGCUUUCUAUUAUAUCGAAAGUUAUAUUCGUUUAGAUUCGGAUAAUCGUUCACCUCUUCGCACGGGAACCAUUCGAAACAUGGAGUCUAAAAUUCGGAAAAGAUUUAAAGCCAACCCCACUUUCAUACAAUUCAUUUCUAAAAGAGAAACGAAAAGAAUUCAAAUAGAAAACAACCGAGUCGAAAGGGUUACAGCGGAAACGUGCGAAGACGGAAGCAGUCAGGCAUUCGUCCGCGUGUGAUCGUUACUCGUAAUGAUAGUCCGUAUCUUGUGUAUGUUCCUUUUUAAUCCUUCAAGAGUCUUUUUUUUUUCAUUUUUAAUCGUCGAUCGCUUCCCGUCAAUUUUAUUGAUUCCACGACGGGAGACGCGGUAGUGAGACGUGUGAUAAAAUGUUUGUGUGUGCGCGCGUGUAUCAUCGUUUGUGGGAUGAAUGUUUGCGUGGUAAGUGUGAGAGCGUUACGUUUGUACAGUUAUCGUGUAAAUUAUUGAUACGUCGAAACGAAAAUUGUUUAGCGUGUAUGUCGUUUUACCGUUACGAUUAGCAUAUAGUACGAGAGUCAUAUAUUAUACCGAACAAUAUCUAAUAUAUUAAAGCGAGACUAAAUUAUGUGAUA